CCAAAGUUCAGCAAUGGACGCCGAGAUUCUUACUCUCCCAAACAGAUGAGGACAUGACUGCAACGCCAUGAAAUCCGACAUGGUGCAAGAGGAAGACGAGCCAUCAGGCGCUGUGCUGGACCAACCUCAAGAAAUCAGCUUUCGCAGAGCGUUACUUGACCGCAUCAGUCCACUCAUCUCCUCCACCUACACCCUGCGUUCCUUCCCCUCCAAAUGGCAAGUCAUCCGCCACAAGCUCGAGCAACUCCGCUCCUACCUCGCGGCAGCCGGCGACUCCCCCUCCGACUCCCAGCUCAUGGAGUUACUGCAGUCGGUAACUUACACCGCCGCCGAAGCGCAGGCGCUGGCCUCCAGGUGCGCCGACGAAUCCUACCCAGGAGGAAAGCUCCUACUCCGGAGCAACCUCGACGUGGUCUCCGCAAAGCUGGAUUUUCACCUGAAGCGGCUCGAGGAGGUCUACGCCGCUGGGAUUCUGACCCUCGCCCGGGCUAUCGUCGUGUCGCGCCCGGCUGCCGGAGCCAGCCGAGAGGACAUGCGGUUUUAUGUGAAGGAUCUUGUGUCCAGGGUCAAGAUUGGGGACUCCCAGUUGCGGCUCCGCGCCCUGGGCGCGCUCAACGAAGCUCUUCUCGAGGACGAGAAAUACGCGCGGAUUCUGUCCAUGGAGGUAGCCAACGGCGUCGCUUCCCUGGUCACACUGCUCGAAUCAGAGAGCAGAGACGUGCAAGAGGAGGCCGCACGGGCGGUCGACUCCGUGGCUCGUUUCGACUCGCACAAGGCCGCUCUCGUGACGGCCGGAGCAGUGGCGCCCCUGAUCCGUCUCCUGGAGAAGCCAGGAACAAGCAUGGAGGCCAAGGAGCGAGCGGCGCGCGCGCUGAAAAAACUGACGGAGAAUUCCGACAACGCGUGGUCAGUCUCCGCUCAUGGCGGCGUCCCGACGCUCCUCAGCAUUUGCAGCGAAGAGUCAGGUACUAGCGAUCUAGUCCACGCGGCCUGCGGCGUUCUGCGGAGCCUCAGCGGCGUGGAGGAGAUCAAGCGGUAUAUGGUGGAGAAGGGCGCGGUGGUGGUCUUCGUGAAGCUCGCCGGGGAGAGGGAAGAAGCCGCACAAGUCCAAGGCAUAGAGCUUCUGCUGAGGGUGGCCUGCAACGACGAGCAGAGCACGGCGGUCAGAGAGGGCGUUCUCAGGGCUCUGGUUCGGGUGCUCGACACCGGCUCGCCCAAGGCGAAGGAGAUGGCACUGCGGGCGAUCGAGAACCUCUGCGCCGCGUCACCGAGCGUGGCAAUGUUGGACCACUUGGUGGUCUCCGGCUUCCUCGACCGCGCUCUGCUCUUGCUACGGGGCGGCGAAGUGUGCGUCCAGGAGGCUGUGCUGAAGGCGGUGUCGCGCCUCGGGGGCAUGUCGGAAGUCGUGAAGAAGGCAAUGGGGGACUUGGGGUUCAUCCCUGAGCUGGUGCGACUCCUCGAAGUACGGUCGCUCCAAGUGCGUGAGAUGGCGGCGGAGACGCUCGCCGGCGUGAUAUCGGUCCACAAAAACCGGAAACGGUUUGUGAAAGAGGAAGAGAACCUGAAUCGGCUGCUCCGGCUGCUGAACCCGGAGGAGAAGUCAGCCACGAAGAAAUUUCUGGUGGCGGCGCUCGUGAUCCUGACGGACAGCACGAGCGUGCGGCGGAGGAUUGCAGCAUCGGGCUACAUCAACCACUUGGAGAAGCUGGCGGAGACGGACGUGACGGACGCAAAGAAGGUCAUCAAGAAGCUGUCGUCGGCCAACAGAUUUAGGAGCUUGCUCACCGGAAUUUGGAACUCAUGAUGCCUUCAAUUCACCAUUAGUUCCUGAGUUCUAACUCCUCUGGAUCUUGCUAACUAGCUUCAACAAGAACCUGGCACAAUCAACAAUGAUUUUCUUUGUGUAAUUUUUUUCUUCAUCUUCUAGUUAAUAAAGAUGUUUUCAGAGAUGUUUCAUAAAUCUUUUUCUAAUCCAU